AUGUCCGCCGAGCCGAAGGUCGUCGAGAACCAGCCCACUAGCGAGGUCGUCGCUGCCCCCGCCGAUGCUCCUGCUCCUGCCGCCGAGCCCGCUGCCCAGGAGACUAGCGCCAAGGUAGAAACCGAGACCACAACGGCCGCCGAUGUCGCCCCCGUCGCUCCCGUCGUUGCUGACACUCCCGCCGUUGCCGCCGUAGCAAAGGAGGAUGUGCCAACAGCAUCGGAGGAGCCAGCCAAGGGUAACAAGGAGGAGAGUCCUAAGGAGGAGAGUCCUAAGGAGGAGAGUCCCAAGGAAGUGGUCGAGACCCCACUGGAUAAGUUCGCCAGCCGUCUCGCGGCUAUCAAGGAGAAGACUAGUUACGAUGAGAUGUGGGGAAUUACCCUUAGCGACCUCUCCCAUGCUCCCACAGCCAUUGUUCUCCAGAAGUUCUUACGUGCCAACAAUGGAGAUGUAGCCCUGGCCGAGAAGCAGCUUACGGAAGCUCUCAAGUGGCGAAAGGAGACCAACCCUGCCAAACUUCUCGAUGACAAGGUGUACGACCGCGCUCGAUUCGGUGAUUUGGGUUUCGUCACUGUCCACAAGGCAGAUGACAGUAAGGAGGAAGUCAUCACGUGGAACGUCUAUGGCAGUGUCAAGAGCAACAAGGCCACAUUCGGAAAUAUCAAGGAGUUUAUCGAGUGGCGGGCUGCUCUUAUGGAGUUGGGUGUCCGAAAACUCAAACUCGAUGAGGCUACGGCCCCUAUUCCCGAGGGUGCCGAAGACCCCUAUCAGUUGAUUCAGGUUCACGACUACAUGUCCGUCUCAUUCUUCCGCUUGGAUCCCAACGUCAAGAGUGCUAGUCGGGAGACUAUCCACGUCCUCUCCGUGGCUUACCCGGAGCUCCUAUCCCACAAGUACUUUGUCAACGUUCCCGCCAUCAUGGGCUGGGUGUUUGGAGCUAUGAAGCUGUUCCUUGCCCCGGCCACUCUCCGAAAGUUCCACCCACUUACCUCCGGUACAUCUCUAGCGAGCGAGCUCAAGCCUUUUGCGGCGACCCUGCCCAAGGAGUAUGGAGGCUCUGGCCCUAGCGUCAAAGAGGGUCUCACCGUUAAGCUAACCGACACGCCUGCUCCUGCCGAGAAGGCUGCCAAGGCCGCUCCUGCUGCUGAACCCGCACCUGCUACGGCGGAGGCUGAGCCCACCAAGCCUGUUGAGACUCCCGAGGAGGCUCCAAAGGAAGCUCCCAAGGAGAAUGCUCGGCCAGCGGAAACCAUCCAGGCGGCAGAGCCCAAGGUUGAAGAACCCAAGGCUGAAGAGGCUGCCACCAAGGAUGCUGGCGCCGAGGCCAUUGAGGAGACGGCCAAGGAGACUAAGCCUGAGACUAAGCCCGAGGCUCAACCUAAGCCUGAGUAA